AUGCAGACUAAGUGCAACACUUGUGCCUUGGUGAAGGCAGAGCAUCAGGUUCCGGGUGGUCUUUUGCAGAGUUUACCCAUUCCAGAGUGGAAGUGGGACAGGAUUACGAUGGAUUUCGUGGUUGGACUACCUGUUUCGAGGACUUUCGAUGCUAUUGGGAAGUUUGUGCGAGAGAUUGUGAGGCUGCAUGGAGUGCCAGCUAGUAUUGUGUCAGACCGUGAUCCCAGAUUCACUUCAGAGUUUUGGAGAGCUUUUCAGGCAGAGAUGGGCACUAAGGUGCAUCUGAGUACAGCUUAUCAUCCGCAGACAGAUGGUCAGUCAGAGAGGACUAUUCAGACUUUGGAGGAUUUGCUGAGGAUGUGUGUGUUGGAUUGGGGUGGCCAUUGGGCAGAUCACCUGAGCUUAGACACCCCUAUGCUGGACCCAAGUGGGGGAGCGCAGCAUGUAUGGAGCUACUUAUGUUCAGGAGACGACAGAGAAGGUCGUGUUGUGAGGCUGAACAUGAAGGAGGCUCAGGAUAGGCAGAAGAGUUAUGCAGAUAGACGCAGACGAGAGCUUGAGUUUCAGGUGGGAGAUAGAGUUUAUCUCAAGAUGGCUAUGUUGAGGGGUCCUAACAGAUCCAUAGCAGAGAACAAGCUGAGUCCGCGAUUUAUGGGUCCGUUUCCAGUAGUGGAGCGAGUUGGGCCAUUGGCUUACAGGCUGGAGUUGCCUGAGAUUAUGAAAGCCUUUCACAAGGUUUUUCAUGUGUCGAUGCUGAGGAAGUGUCUUCACCCUACAGAGGAGUUAGUGGCUAGGAUUCCAGAGGAUCUUCAGCCAGAUUUGACAGUGCCGGCAGUGCCUGUGAGGAUUUUAGAGAGGAGGGAAAAGGUUCUGAGGAACAAGAGGAUUCCCUUACUGAGGAUUUUGUGGGAUUGCAGUGGUUCUACAGAGGAGACUUGGGAGCCAGAGGCAAAGAUGAAGUUGAAGUUCAGGAAGUGGUUCGACAAGCAGGUCGAGGAGUGA